AAUCUGAACUAUAAAAUGAGGGUACUAAAAUUGUGUUAUAGCAUGCUGAUCUGUGGUUGUAGUAGACCGUGGAUCAAAAUGAAAAUUAUUGUGUAUUUAGUCAGUUUGGUUUUUGCUGUCACAAGCACAGAAUCCAAGAAAGUUGCUAGCUACAUAUCGCCAUGUAAAAAGGCAGACCCUAAUUUCAGCGAAUGUGCCGUGAAACAAGCCAAUGAUGCUGUUCCACAUUUAAUUGAUGGAGAUAAAGAGCACAAGAUUCCCAAACUCGAUCCUUUAAAAUUGUCGAAACUCGAAUUGAACAGUGGCGCAAACCUAAAGCUCACAUUGACUGAUCUAACUAUUGUUGGACUCAACACUUUCCAUGCAACAAAAAUUGAGCUUCAUGAUAACUACGUUCUACUUGAACAUACACUUUCUAAGAUCGUUUUGACGGGUAAAUAUACUAUUUCUGGGCAAAUUAUGGUUUUGCCAAUAACGGGCAGUGGGCCAAUCGAGAUAAGUUUCUUCGAUCUUCAGUUUUUCGAUAAAUAUUUCUAUGAACUUUACAAAAAACCUGAUGGUAAACAAUACCCAAAGCGAACGGGACUCGAGAUUAAUGUUACCGCUCGGGAUGCGAAAUUUCAUUUGGACAAUUUAUUCAAUGGAAAUAAACAAUUGGGCGACAAUAUGAACAAGUUGUUAAACGAAAAUCCCCAAGAAGUUUUACGUGACCUCGGAUUUUCCAUUGCUAAAGAAGUAGCCGGUCUGAUGGUGGGUUCAGUAGUCGAUGCUAUAGUAACUGAUGUACCCUUUGAUGAAUUAUUUUUACCAUUACUUUUACUGCGCGAAUAUGGACGAAUCGAAUUUGAAUUAAUUCCACAUUACAGACUACUGAAAGUCCAUAAUUUAGCGAGAAUAUCAUUUGUUAGCGACAUGUAUUACUUCAGGAGUGCUUUAAUAAUUUUUGGAAUAUGCUGGCAACUUACGGAGUCGAAGAAUUUACCUAUCUAUAUAAAACCUUGUAAGAGGGCGACUGUAGCGAAGGACGAUUGCGCUUUAGAAAGUGCUAAAAUUGCAAUCCCACAAUUGAUUAAAGGAGAUAGUGAAUAUAAAAUUCCCCCACUGAGCCCAGUAAAAAUACCUAGACUUGAAUUGAAUAGUGGUCCAAAUUUGAAAAUGACAUUGAACGAUGUUUCUCUAUUAGGAUUGGACACGAUUAACGUACUUAAAAUGGAAGUUGAUCCUUCUAAGAAAACCGUCACUUCAAAAUUUUCAAACUUGCAGUUCACCUUGAUUGGACAAUACGAAAUUUCUGGUCAGAUUCUCGUCUUACCAAUAACCGGAUCCGGACCAGCUAACAUAACACUGAUUGAUACUGAAUUCGAUUAUGUCUUUGGUUACGAAUUGAUAAAAAAGGAUGACGGAAAAGAAUAUGCCUCUGUAACUACAAGCGAGUCGGACUUUAUUGCGAAAACAGCCCAGUUUCAUUUGGGAAAUUUAUUUAAUGGAAACAAGGCUUUAGGUGAUAGUAUGAAUCAAGUUUUGAAUGAUAAUCCGCAAGAAGUACUGCGGGAUAUUGGGUAUCCGUUAGCACAGGAAGUGAUUCGUAAUGUGGCUUUUGCUACUGUAUCGUCGAUAUUAUCUACUGUGCCUUAUGAUGCCUUGAUUCCAGUAUAAUCCAAUUAGAUCAACAAGUUUGCUUUUUCUUGCUUGAAGAAAACAAGAAUUCUUCAAUUUGCAAUUUUUAAUACAUUAUAUUUAUUUUUAAAAAGAA